UAGGAUGAACACUGAUCGUGUGUUGAUACACAGCAACCUGGCCGCAUCCAUAGCAAUGUCUCAGAUACUCUUUCUUGCUCAGGGUUCUCUCGAACCUAUGACGAUUGGAUGUCAGGUAAUGGCUGGUAUCAUGUAUUAUUUCUUCACGGCUUCGUUCGUGUGGAUGAUGAUUGAAGGACUGCAGCUCUAUACUCAAGUUGUUCUUGUCUUCAAUCAGGAGAGUAGUAAGAUGAGAUACUACCUGCUCGGUGGAUGGGGAAUCCCGUUGCUAAUGACGGCAGUUGUGAUUGGAUCAACCUUAGAUAGCAUUGGACGACGAGCUGAUGCCUGCUGGUUAGAUUAUUCGGACAACUCGAUCUAUUUCUUCGUGAUCCCUACUCUGUGCGUGGUGGUUGGUAACAUGGCUAUCCUCACUCGUGUUACGGUCGUCAUUGUCAAUCUCAAGAACCAUGAUCAACUCAAGAGAGACGGAGCAAGAUAUCAGAAACUCAAAUACGCGUUGAAGGCCUCGCUCACCAUCUCACCUCUGAUGGGAUCGACCUGGUUGUUUGGUGUGUUUACUCUGGCCGAUUCAUCUAACCUGACGUUCCUCUAUAUCUUCGUGUUAUGUAACUCCAUCCAAGGCAUACUCAUCUUCAUUCUACACUGUCUUAACAGCCAGGAGGUUCGUGAUACUUUCAAACGUCGCAUGGAGUUGUAUCACAUUGGUCGUUCAAUCCGGCGAUUUAGGAUCCAACCUCUGAGCAGCUCUAUGAAUGACUCUACCUGUACUACAAGUGAUGGCAAGACAAUGCGUAGUACUAUCAACACACUAUCGUCAUUCGUUAGCAAGGAACAGAAGAGUUCUUAGACAACUGCAUGGCGAAUAUAUUAAUUGGUAACUUAAUUAUCAAAAUCAGACUGGUACUUAGAAGUACAGUUAUACAAUAAUACAACAGAGGCUUCUAUCAGGAGCAAAAGGGGCCGGUUUAUUCUAAAUUAUUGGUGAUUAAAUCCUCAAUAAUUUGUUAUAGAUGAAGGUUAAUUAUCGUUAUUAUUAUUUUGCUAAUGUUAUUUUCAUUAUUAUUAUCAUUUUAACCAUUAUUAUUUAUAAAAUUAUAGAAAUAAAGGUUGAAUCAACAAGGCGGGAAAUGAGAUAACAAUGACGAUACUUUGUUAUCAAGACCUUAUGUAAACUUUGUUUCAUCAUCCUCGUCAUCCUCGUCAUACACAGGACCUUAUUAUGAAUCGUAGAUGGUAGGACUUUAACUCUGAGUGACAAAUAUGAUCAUAUUGUUUGCCUUCAGACGUUCUUUAAUAUAUAUACAGUUUAACAAUCAAUAUUAAGUGUUUAACAGACACCAUUGAGAAAGCUAAUCAAAUGUUAU